AUGCCCAUUCCCGGAUUGAGGCCUGGUCUGCGGCCUCGACAUACCCGCAAUUCUUCCUAUCAGAGUGAUGUAGAUGGUAUCAGACGGCGGAGUUUUCUGCCCCAGCCCGGUCAGGCCAGGUAUAGCUCCAACCAGGACGCCACAGCAUCAAACAUGGACAGCACCAAUGCACAGCCACCAGUUGCGGGACGACUUCGACCAAGGUCAAUGUAUCAACCUGCAGGAAUGCAAGCACCAAGUAAGACUGAGGAACAGACUGCUGCGCCACGAUCCAUACGCCCUCCGAGUGCAUCAGCUAAGUCAUCCGAUCCUCAAGCGACAGAACUUGGCCGAUCAAAAUCGCUGCGCAAACCAGGGACGUCAACGCAAUCUGCGCAGCCACCUCCAAGCAAAGGCCAUACCCGGACCAAAUCCAGCAUCACAUCUGGUCUUCGAAAAGAACUGAAUGGUACCGAAAGCUCCAUGACAAGACCUAGAUCCAUGCUUGUUGCUCCAGGGGGUCAUUCGAAGUCAAACAGUAUAUCUACAGAGUCAGCUUCUACUGCCCCAAGAGCCUCACUCAGGCUUGCGGGAUUGAGUCGCACAAGUGUCAAGACAAGAUUUGAAAGCACAAGUGCUGGCGCCGCUACUCAACUACCUUCCAAACCCGAUGAACCUGUAGCAUCACAUGUGCGACUACGAGCACCACCCAAGGAAGAGCCCACGAAAACUGCUAGACCUGCUUUUAGCACCCUACAACAGCAUUUCACUCCCAGGAAAGUGGGUAAAGCACUAACGUCAACAUUCCUGCAUCCAGCUCCAACCCCCGGUGCCACAUCUCUACCACCGGAAAUCAUCAGCCUGCAAGCGGAACUACUCCAGCUGCACCUCCUGCACGCAUCAUCCGCACAAGUGGUUCAUCAAUGGCACGCCAGCGCACGCAAAACCCUACGCAAGAAAUUCGAGGAGGUCGCGGGGCUGCACCACGCCAUGCUCGACUUUGAACGAGCCGGCCAGGAACAGAAGAAUCUGCAAGCCCUGACUGAAUGGUCUUCUUCGUCGGGUCUGAUAGAGUACAUCCAGAUCCUCUCGGGUCCGCUGCAUGAACUCCCCGCUCUGUUGGAGCCGGGUGGUCGCGCGGAACGGCUGAUGGACGAGUUUAGGCGCUGGAUUGCGCGCGUGGAGUAUAUAUGGGCUGUGCGACAGAGAGGCGGCGAUGCUGAUGUGGACACUAUCGAAGGGCUGGGGGAGGACUGGAAAGCAGAGAACGCGGCGAUUGCGCGCAAGGUGACGGCUUUUGCAAGGGAUCUUGAGCAGGUGAGGCAGCCGGCGGAGGGGUCGAGUAUUGCUUGUCUUGUGGAUACUUGCAGGGAGUUGCUUGCGGGGCUUGUGGAGGAGUUGCGUGUGGUGCUGGCGAUUGAGGGGGGUGUGGUGGAGAGGGAGAGGGGGUGGGUUGAGGAGAGGUUGGGGGCGAUUGCGAGGGGUACGGGCAUGGGCUUGGGGGAUGUGAAGGAAGAGAUUCCUGCAUGGCGGGCAUGA